GAGCAGCAGGAUAUACACACACAGCUCCUAGUCUCCAGCUACUCACAACUCACAACUCGCAACAUAGUAAGCAGCCUACCACAUUACGAUGGCGUUCUUCGCGAGAGCUGCACGCUUCAUGGUGAUCGCGCUUUUCGUCAUCUCCGCCGUGAUCAUGAGCAGCUCCGUCUGCCACGGAGCCGGCAGCAUCAGCGGUGGUUCUCUGAACCCAAACCGUCCUGCGUGCAUGGGAGGACGUCCGUGCCCUAGGCCUACGGGGCGAUACCCCGGCCGUCCCUCCCGCGGAUCCCCUUCCCCAUACAAUGGAGGGAUCGGACGGCCUUGAUGGACCCCUUCCUCUGUCAUAGCAGUCUAGCAGCACAAGCUGCUGCGACAACCUUACUGAACCGAGAGUAAUAUCCGCUGUUACAAGUACCUACGUUUAGCACUAUGAAUAAAACUGCAAGCCUGGCCCUGGUAUGAAAUUACGAAUGCUUAUGCGAACGUUAAAGCUCGUUUCAGAGCUAAUAAAUAUGGACAACGUGACUGCCA